UGUGCGUGUUUGCCGCCAAUCUUGCUGAUCUCGAUCGCGUCGAAAGCGCACGAGGAAGCUGUCCGUUUCACGAAAGCUCAUUAGUUUUUCUUGAUCGAUUUGAGUAAUUACGUUAGAGUAACACGCUGACACGUGCUUUCAAAAUGACAUCAAUAAGAAAUUGGACGCCGGAGUAUUACGUCUCGAAUCAGUCGGAAUGUCAGCAGAUUUUAGAAGAUCCGAAGGUUCUGGCAGAAAUACCUUUGUUGAAUAUCGUCCAAUCUCAUGAUAUCAAGGAUAAAGAGUUGGUCAGAUUCCGAGGGAUGAUUCAGGAUAUGUACAAUCCUGAAUAUUAUUUAAAGGAGUAUGAGGUGAAGAAUAUAGACACUGGGAACAGUGACGUUAGAUGUGGAAUGUACAUGGAUGUGGCUAGAUGCCUGUCGCACGAAGAGAUAUCAUUAUAUUCCAACAAAAAUAAAAAUUCAGAAAGGCAGACUUAUAUUGUGAUUUCUAUACCUGGUCUAAAUGAUUGGGCGAAGGAGAAGAGUACGAUUACACAGCCCGAUACAACAACACAUAAUAAUAGUAUUAGUAAAAGAAGUCUAGAUGAUAACGAUUUAGAGGAAAUGGAUUGCUCGGAACCUGUUAUAAAAAAAGAAAAAGUCUCGGACAAUAAUGAUGUAAAUAUGAGUGACGCUCAUUGCAGUACAAAAGUUCAAACUAUGUUAUCAGAAGAUCACAUAUUGAAUUUCCCGAUCCCAAUUGAUGGAGGAAAGUCUUGCAUCGUAAAGGUUUACGACGGAAUGAUCUUAAAACUGAACCAGGUGAUUGAUGUAAUAGGAUUUAUAUCAUUGGAUCCAACAUUAGGCACAAUUCAUAGUUCAGAUAACGAUGAAAUGGAUGAAGCCGAAGUACAUACUCAUAAUCCACCGGCUUCCCUGGUACCUCGAUUACAUGCAAUAAAAAUAAAUGAGCUCUCGAAACCUACAAUUACAAAUAAUCCAGAAAUUAUAUCCAAAGCGCAGCUCAUCAGAAGUGACUUGCAUAUAAUAUUAACCCAAUUGUUGUUUGGAGAUACUUUAGCUGCGGAUUAUUUAAUAUGCCACUUACUUUCUACGAUAUAUAUGAGGAGAGAUUACUUUUGUCUUGGUGCAUUUCCGCUGAACGUAACGAAUUUUCCAGCAAGCAAACUCAGAAUCUUUCCAAAGGAGUUUUACAACUUUUUAACGUUAUUUGUAAAGAAAAGCCAUUUUUUGGAAAUUACUUUGGAAAAUUUGAACGAACUAGCUUUAGUUCCAAAGAAAGAUUAUGAAUGCAACAGACUGACGAGUGGUGUUCUCCAACUGAGCAAUAAUACACACCUUGUGAUAGACGAGACAGGUUUAACCACUGGUGCACUUACUGCGAUUGGCAAGGAGAAUUAUAAAGCUUUGUCUGAUUUACUUAUGUUUCAAAAACUGCCGUACGACUUUAAAUAUUAUACGAUGGAAUACGAAACGGAUAUUCCGAUUUUAAUAUUUUCUGAUGUAAAAUCAUUUAUUCCUUGUCCCAUGGAGAUUAUUUUAAAUGUUGAUACAGACUCGGAAAAUUUAUACACUCAAGUAGUUGAAGCCGCACAUCAGUAUUUGAAAGACGAAAAUCGAUUAGCGAAUAUUCGUCAGUACAUAGAAGCCUUGAGGCACGCAGAAUUUGUUUUUAACGAAGAAGUUACAAAAAUUAUCCAAGAUGAUUUUGUGAAGAUGCGGAGUGCAGACAAGAAUAUAGAUGCGGAUAAUUUACACGCAUUGAUGGUUUUCGCUAGACUGAUGUCCUUGUCUUGCGGACAAACAACACUAGAUACAGAAUGCUGGAAGAAAACUGUGCAAUUGGAAAUGGAAAGAAUGAGCAGGCUGCCACAGCGCGGAAGGCAAAGAUCACAUGGUUCUUCAGUAAAUAAAGUUUUACUAAUAAGUAUUAUGCGCGCUUUGUUGUUUAUCACGUACAUACAUCAGCUAUAAUCCAUUUCGUAAGUUCUAAAGUUCAAACAUGUCCUUUAUUUUAUUCGAAAUGGAACUAGCGUAUAUAUAUAUAUAUAUUAAUCGUCUCUGCAUUUCUUUGAAAAUAUUUCCUGGUAGAAAUAUUUCCAAAAAUGUUUAUUCUUUCCAUGUGUUAGAUCGUGAGAAGGUCGUAUACGUAUGUGUACUUAGUGCAUGUAUGUGCAGAAAUCUAUUGAACAUUGGAAGCUCAAAGCAUUUGAAAUAACUAAUGUUUUUGUAAAUUUAUUUCUCUACAUAGAAGAAUAUUAAGAUAUUAAUUUAUGUAGCUGUUUUUAAAGUAACAAUCUAGCUUGUUUCUCGAUUGUCAUACAUAUUUUUGAAGACUAGUUACGGAGAGUUUCUUAGUUUAAAAAUCUGUUUUACAUAUUCAACACAUUUUAAUACAUCAUCAAAAAAUUAAGAAACUUGUUAUUUCACGGAGGAAUACAUUCACCACGUUUUAAUAAUUAUGUUAUCUGUUUCUAAACUCAGUCUAUAUUGAAAAUUAUUUAUGUCCGAAAAUGAGAAAAAACAUAGUAAAAUCUACUUUUAUUACCUAAAAUACUCUCUAGAAUACAAAAAAUAUAUAAUCUUUAAACUAAUAUAUUCUUGAUUCGGACGCAAAUAAUUUUGCAACUAAAUUGUUUCCUAACAUAAUACGUAUAUAUUUACUAUUAUUCUUUUCGAUACUAUCAAAGAAAAGGUAUAAAAUAUCUGUUAAUCGAAACUCGAAUGUCUAGAACUUCAAGUAUAGCAAAAUCUGGCAGAAUUUUGGAAGUUAUAUAUGCAUGUUUGGAAUAUCUUGUAUUAUAUUCAAUACUAAACUUGCUCCUCUCCAAC